CAAAUGCCUAUUUUCCAUUGCGGGUAAUCCAAGAUCGUACCUCCGCCAACGCCAAUGUGAACUAAUUGACUUUUUCCCUACAUACUUCUUUUACCUUAGUGCUGCCUCACUGUCGUCGUUCAUUACAACAGUAUACGAACUAUACAAACUAUACAAAAACUAUCCUUUUGCAGCUCUUGUUCAACCUUUUUAAACUGUACAUAUCGAUUUCAAGAGCCCACCUCAUAAAAUUUUGACACUCAGACGGAUCGGUAUACUUAAUGUCUACCUAAUUCCAUUCGUUCACAUUCACCCCAAGCCAUACAUACCUCAUACCAUACCUAUCAACAUCCUCCAUCCUUCCAAAGUAACCAUCAACCCCCCUUUCCCUUACACCGGCAAGCGCCUGGCCUACAAGUCGACCCAAUCAUUUAUAUCCCCCGCCAUAUUUUCUGGACAAUCACUCGAUAAACGUCACUUUCGACUCAGGGGGGAGAAUCCAGAGAGAAAAAAAAGUUUCCUUCCGAUCCAAGCAAAGCAACAUGUCGUCGCCAUUGAAAAAACAGCCUGAGGCUGUAGUUGAUAAAGUCCUCAAACGAGUGGAAGUUAGCAAGAUCGCCCGAAGAUUACAAGGUCGAUUGGCUCUAGCACAGUUUAAGACGAAGCAUGGAUGGGAAGACUUGACGCUUGAUACGAUCGAGCCCAAGAUCGAAGAAGAGAUCCGACGCAGACGUCUUGCUGAAGGAGAUGUACUAUCUGACUCGUCGUCUAGCACAUCAGAACUACCUUAUCCCAGCAGUAGGAAUACGCUCAUGAGUUCCCCGCUCAAAGCUCCUCUAUUUUCAGACGCAAUUGGGUCCAGCAAUGGCAGUACAGGUCAUCGGAAACGCACAUACAACAUGGCCUCAUUUGAUAUAACUAUGUCGAGUCCAACCAAGCGAUACCGUACCUCGCCCACCGCAUACAAAUCCAUGGAGUCCCCACAUAGGGCGUGGAGAGCACACCGACAACUAAUCCAGUCUUCUCCUCUCAAGCCACGAAGACAACAGCACUUUACGACUUCUACGGGGCCCGACGUGUCAUUUUUCCAAGGUUCCCGCCGCCCCUCAGUGGAUUUUGCUGUGCAAAAUUUUGCAGCGCAUUCCGACGAUGAUGACGACCUAUUACCCGCACACUCAUUUAUGGUUAGCCAUGGCCAUGAUCACAAUCGGACGUCGCCUCCUCGAACACCGCCCAUGCGGAGUAGAUCUAUAAACCGCCGAAAUAAGGAUAGGGGUAUGAUCAACGGGGAGAAGCCGGAAGAAGGUGCGGAUUUAUUGCUUUAUCUGGCAGCAUCUCCCUCGCCGGCGGUACAUUCGACUAAGACCCGAAUGGAGCCACCGUCUACGCCGCCUCAGAAGAAAGACCUCGCAUUGCCAUCGUCAAUGAUGACCACCCCUGGCGGUGGUACACUCUUCCCCACAACACCAGGCCAGCCGUUUGACAUGUCAGAUUUUGUCAAUAUUACGCCUAGCCCUGCCCAGAAGCCGUGGAAGACGCCGAUGUCGCUUAGAACGCCUACGGCGAAGACGCCACUGAGCGGAGCAAGAAGACGAUUAACGUUUGAUGACCCAGCACUCGGGCUAUAAGCUGUAGCUCAGCUACAUACGCCCAAUCACUAGCAAUUUACGUCGAGAUCGACGACUUUACGGACGACGCAAAACUUUCUUUUUCAUUUCUACAUUUACA